AUGGCGAGCGUCUUUAUCGACCCGCAAGACCUGCCCGACACGGGCUACGGCCUCGUCCAAGUGCUCUUCCUCGGCGCCGUCUACGGCUCCGUGCUCUUCACGGCGAGCAACCUCAUCUCGGACGGCAGUGAGCUGCUCUUGCUCGUGCCGUCGCUCGCGGGGCUCGUCGGCAGCAUUGUGCUCCCCGUCUUGGGCGCUGUGCCCGACGGUGCGAUCGUGCUCUUCUCGGGCAUGGGCCCGCACGCCCAGGAGCAGAUCUCGGUCGGCGUCGGGGCCCUCGCGGGCUCGACCAUUAUGCUGCUCACGCUGCCCUAUGCGCUGAGCGUCUACGCCGGCCGCGUGAACUUGGACGCCUCGGGACGGGGCAACUACGUCCGCCCCAAAGGCAGCAGCAACGACAAUGACUGGGCAAAGCUCAUGCCCCGGGGCCACCGCCACUGGACGCGCACGGGCGUUGUGCUGGUUGACGAGAUCGCCUGCACGGCCCGCAUCAUGAUGGGCACGAGUCUGAUCUAUUUGAUUCUGCAGGUGCCCGCGCUGUUUUACACGGGAAACGCUGCAGCCGAUGCCCAGCGGAUGGACAAUGCAGUCGUGGCACGGGCCGAGCGCCCGUUUGCGCUCGUAGCGUGUGCCGUUGCGAUGCUGUCGUUCGCGCUGUACCUGUUGUGGAGCGUGCGGCGGUCGUCGGGGGUGCAAGACGAUGUGAUUGACGAAGUGCGUGUCGCGGCGAUCCGCAAUGGAGAGAUCAGUCUCUCGGGUCUCUUGGCCAAAGAAGUGGCCACGCUCAAGACCGAAGCGGCCGCGCAGGCAACGACCGUGGCCACGCCGCUGUGUGCGACGCGCGCGCAGUUUACCCGCGUGGCCGACGUGAUCCGCCCGUUUUUCCACGCGUACGACCGCAAUCGCGACCGCCGCAUGGACAGCGACGAGCUGCAGCUGUUUUUCCACGACUUGGGCGAGCGCUUGUCGCGUGAAGAAGUGGAGACGUGGAAAGCUGCGGCCGACAAGGACCAGAGCGGGUUCAUUGAGUUUCACGAGCUCGUGGAAGCCACGCUGCGGUACCUCUUGGCCAAGUACGAGACGGAACGCCACGGGCGCGCGGCCGUCUCAAUGCACCGCGUGGUGGUCGAGCAGCAGCAGUCGCUGGGCCUUGCGGCGCAUGACAAGGACGACGAGGAAGAAGAGGAGGAAGAAGUGCCGGAAGAUUUGGCGCACUUGUCGAUUGCCGAGCAGCAGGUAAAGAUUAAGCUGCGUGCAGCGUACAUGAUGGCACUGGGCACGGCGCUCGUGCUGAUCUUUUCGGACCCGAUGGUCGACGUCUUGUCGGAAGUGGGGGCACGCACGGGCGUCCCGGCGUUUUACGUGUCGUUUGUAGUGGCGCCGCUGGCGUCGAACGCCAGUGAACUCAUUGCCGCGUACAACUACGCGCAGAAGAAGACGUCCAAGACGAUCUCCAUCUCGGUCUCGGCUCUCCUUGGAGCUGCCUGCAUGAACAACACGUUUUGUCUCGGGAUCUUCGCUGCGCUCAUGUCGUUCAAGGCAGGCGGUCUGGUGUGGCAGUUUUCGGCCGAGACGCUGUCGAUUUUGUUUGUCGAGUUUGCAGUGGGCUUUAUUGCCAUGAAGAAGACCCAGCGGCUCCUCGACGGACUCUUUGUGAUGCUCCUGUACCCGCUCUCGAUCCUUUUGGUCGUCGUGCUGGAGAAUGUAUUCGGCUUGGACUAG